UGAGUAAGACACUCUCUCUCCCAUCCUGGGAGUAACUGCUUGUGUUAGUUCCUUUCUGUUGGCUGUGUGAGUGUGUGUUUGGGUGUGUGUGUGAGAGAGAGAAAGGGAGAGAGUAGCAUUUACGUUUCACCUCCCUGUCUCCCUGUUCCCUGUCCUUCCUCUCCUCCUCUCUCGUUCCCUCUCCUGGACUACCCCAUUGGAACCUAGCCAGACCCCUUCCCUGCCUGGACCCUCCACUCUCCAUCCCUGUGACUCUCCUCAUCUGUCCAUCCCUCCCUCUCCCAGGUCAAGACGCCUGCUUGCCUGGCCCUUCUUCCUCCAUGCAGACCAUGGCUCUGAAGUGGAGAGCUGGAAUCUUCUGGAAUGUGGGAUAAGACAGGGUCCCAUGACAUGGACCCCUCUUUGAAUGGGUUGAUGCUGGUCCUGCUGGAGCUGAUGAUCUGAACCAGUCUGUCAGCCACCGAGCUCCCCCUCCUCCAAACACAACCACUGCCCAUGUCCUGAUCCCAGUGGUCCAGUUUGUCUGUGGUGACUGGUUGGCUGGCUGUUCCAUAACACUCUCAUUGGCCCUGGGACUCCUCUUCUACGUGACCACACCCCUUCCUUCACAUCCAAUCCCAACAUGGAACCACCCAAGGUGCAGCAGCCAGGCGAAGGAGGCCUCAACGUCACCCUCACCAUCAGGCUUCUGAUGCACGGCAAGGAGGUUGGAAGCAUCAUUGGAAAGAAAGGAGAGACAGUGAAGAAGAUGCGUGAAGAGGUAAGUGCAAGCGGUGCACGCAUCAACAUCUCUGAGGGAAACUGCCCAGAGCGGAUAGUUACCAUCACCGGACCCACAGAUGCCAUCUUCAAGGCCUUCGCCAUGAUCGCAUACAAGUUUGAAGAGGAUAUAAUCAACUCUAUGAGCAACAGUCCAGCCACCAGCAAGCCUCCUGUCACCCUGCGUCUGGUUGUCCCAGCCAGCCAAUGUGGCUCCCUCAUAGGGAAAGGAGGCUCCAAAAUUAAAGAAAUGAGAGAGUCCACAGGUGCUCAGGUACAGGUCGCAGGGGACAUGCUGCCCAACUCCACUGAACGAGCAGUCACCAUCUCAGGAGCCCCGGAAGCCAUUAUCCAGUGUGUCAAGCAGAUCUGUGUUGUCAUGCUAGAGUCCCCACCGAAAGGUGCCACUAUCCCCUACCGCCCCAAGCCUGCCUCCACCCCCGUCAUUUUUUCAGGUGGCCAGGUAAGAGCCGACCCGCUGGGGGCCUCCACUGCCAACCUCAGCCUCUUACUGCAGCACCAGCCACUGCCUGCUUACACCAUUCAGGGACAAUACGCCAUCCCUCACCCUGACCUCUGCUGUCCCUCCUACCCCCCUCAGCAGUUGACCAAGCUCCACCAGUUGGCUAUGCAGCAAACCCCCUUUAACCCCCUUGGACAGACCACCCCUGCCUUCCCCGCAGGUCUGGAUGCCAGUAACCAGGCCAGUACUCAUGAACUCACCAUUCCCAAUGAUCUAAUAGGCUGCAUAAUCGGGCGCCAGGGAACCAAAAUCAACGAGAUCCGUCAGAUGUCUGGGGCGCAGAUCAAAAUUGCUAACGCCAUGGAAGGGUCAUCGGAGCGCCAGAUCACCAUCACAGGAACCCCCGCCAACAUCAGCCUGGCCCAGUACCUCAUCAACGCAAGGUUCAGAGACGUGGCGGCCAUGUGGAAUGACCCAUCCUCCAUGACGACAUCCUAAGGACCCAGCCCGGCCGGCCUCCACUCCCUCUGCUCCGCCCCCUCCAUCUCCUGACCACUGAAGACAUGAUGUUCCUACCUAACUCCUGAUGAUGAUGCCCUCUAGACUAAUGAAUCUGGCUCUGAUAACAACUCCCUUGACCCUCCAGCUUACUACCAUGAUCGCUCUCUAAUAAGAGACCUGUUUCUUUCAGAGAAACUGAAAAAAUAAGUAAUGUCUUUGUUUUCGUUGAUUUUAGACCUUUAGACAAGUGUUGAAGCAUGUUGAACGUUCAUUAGGAUCAAAUUGUGUUAUUCUGAAUUCUCUCUCUAUCACUCUCUCUGCUAGUGUUACAAAAUAGGAUUUCAAUAUCAGUUUG